AGAAUUGAAGUGUACUGCGGGACCAAGGCGCACUUGCAGACACCCGUGCCGACGGACAACAACUCUGGAGAAGCUGCAGUACUGCGCAACAUGAAUGCGCUAUGCCCGCCGUCGCCAACUUCCCCGUGGCGACUGGUGAUUACAGACAGGUUCUACACGUCGGUGAAGCUGGCGCUGGAGCUGCUGCAUCGCCGGCUGUACAUCACUGGCACGAUCCAGACGGACCGGUCCGGCUACACCAAGAACGUCAUCACGAAGAAGAAGACCAAGCAGGUGAACAAGCGAAAAGUGAUGGUGCCUCCGCAGGGGACCACGAAGCUAGCGGAGAACAAGCAGUUCCCUCAAUUGACGGCAGUCAUGUGGAUGGACCGCCUUCCGGUGCACAUGCUGUCGACAGGAGGCAGUCGACGCACCAUCUCCAUC